CCAUAUAGCCACUCGUUAGAAAUCGAAUUAAAAUUUACACAUAACCACGUUAUUAAUUCAGCUGAAGCAUUAAGUUUUCGGCGUGUCGAAGAAGAAGUUCAUUAGGAAUUCAUUAACCUAUUCAGAGAUGGACACUCUCCAUCUUCGGCUUUAUAUGCUCAUGAAGACAGUCUUCAUCUCAACGCAUCGGAUGAACAAGAAUUGAUGGAGAUCCUCGCCGAUCGAGCAAAAAAUCCGGAUUAUGAUUAUGUCGCAAAGAUUUUUCAGCAAUAUCGUGAAUCUGCACUAGGCAGCCGUAAUAGUAAACCGAUGUUUGAGCGUCUGAAACAAAUAGUUGAAGAUUAUGAUGAUUCAGGCCAAGGUAGAGCGGUUUUGCAGGAGUAUAAUGCAAGCUCCGGGAGUGUAUUCAUUCUAUGUAUCGUAACAAAUUUGAUGUCCCGAGUACACGAGAAAAUUCGCCAAUCGGAAGAAAUUUGUUACAUGGACGCGUCGGCUGCGUUCGAUCCCCUAAACACUUCAAUAACCCUUUUAUAUUCAAGUUGCGCUGUUGGCGCCCUUCCACUUGGAGUAUUAUUUACCUCGGAUGAGCUUGAAAUAACACUUGAAAAAACAAUUCUACCUUCACAUGCAUUUUACGGACGCGGAGCAGAAGUGGGACCAAUAGUUUUUCUCACUGAUGAUUCUAGUGCCGAACGUAAUUCCUUGGAGCUAUGUUGGCCACAAGGGAUCCGUCUUCUAUGCACAUUCCAUGUCCUUCAGGCGUUCUGGAGGUGGUUACAUGACUCAAAACACCAUAUUAAAAAGGAAGAUAGGGCACCCAUAAUGGAGAAAAUGAAAAAAAUUCUUUAUUCAACGUCAGGUCCGGAGAUGGAUGUACAUUAUAACGAAUUCAAGCAGAAGUUUUAUGGAUAUAAUCUGCUGCGAAAGCAUUUCGAGCUUUUAUGGAAUCGUCGUCAGUUUUGGGCCCGAACAAGAUUACCUAUGCGCGAAAACAACACGAACAAUUAUAUUGAACGAAGUUUCGGUAUGUUGAAAGAUAUCAUUUUCGCCAGGACACAAGCGUUCAAUCCCGUCCAAAUAUUUCACUUUAUAACUAUGAGUAUGGAGAGGUUUUAUGCGCGGCGACUACUCGGAAUAGCACAUAAACAUCCGGGACACUUAAGAAUAGCAAGACGGUUUUUAUGUCCCGGUUGGGAGAAGGUAGAUGCGAAUCUUAUCCAAAAAACGAAUAUAGAUUUUGAAUUCAUAGCACCAAGUGCAAGCAAUUCCGGCAUUUUCUACAUCGUAAACACCAAAAUUGGAGCUUGCACCUGUCCAGUUGGUAUAUCAGGCGGUCCUUGCAAGCAUCAGGGAGCGGUUGCUAUGAAAUUUCAUAUUUCCACGCUUAAUUUUAUACCAUCAUUAACACCUAACGAUCGCAUGGCCAAUUAGCGGAAAAUAGUUCUUUUUAUGCAUCACUGAGAGCUGGACC